CUUAAAACCCCUCAAAAAGCUAGUUAAUCUUUGAGCUGCUGCAGCUAGCACUCUGUAAACUCUAAAUCUUAUUUCUACACUCAUUUUUGAACCGCAAAAGGCAAUUUCCAUGGCUUUAACCAAGGCAAGGCAACGCUUUCCAUCCUCUUUCUCUCUUCCAUUCUUCAAAUUUUACUCUUCUUCAGUGUCAACCCCACUACAAGAAGUUGAAGCCGCCGAUGCUGAAACGACUGUAAAACCCCAACCCGCCGCACUUUCCCCCGAAGAAACCCAAGUCGCCGAACAAUUCCGUUCCUUAAUCAAAGAGCACCACCGCAAAAACCCCAACCCAGACCCGAACUCGACCCCUCCAUCCCCUAACUUCACCAUCCCUUCUCUCUCCCUCGACUUCUCCAAUAUCUCUACCGUCCAUCCCGUCUCCCCUUCCCUCGUGCGCUACGUCAUUGACAAGUGCAGUGGGGUUCGCCAUGGCAUACCUUUCCUCCAAACCCUGUCCUUCUUCAAUUGGGCCGCCGCACGUCCCGACUUUGCUCACUCUCCCGACCCUUACAACGAAAUGAUCGACCUUGCUGGAAAGUUGAGGCAUUUCGGCUUGGCUUGGCAUUUGAUCGAUCAGAUGAAAGCCAAAAGCGUCGACAUCUCACUCGAAACAUUCGCCAUACUAAUACGGCGUUAUGUGAAGGCCGGAUUGGCUGCAGAGGCCGUGCACGCGUUUAAUCGCAUGGAGGAUUACGGGUGCGUUCCCGAUAAGGUUGCGUUUUCAGUUUUGAUUAGUAUUUUAUGCAGAAAAAGAAGGGCUGAUGAAGCCCAAACUUUUUUCGAUAAAUUGAAGGACGAAUUUGAACCUGAUGUGAUUCUCUACACCAGCUUGCUUUACGGCUGGUGUCGAGCCCGUAAUAUCUCAGAGGCCGAAAGGGUAUUCAGAGAAAUGAAAAUGGCAGGGAUUAAGCCUAAUGUGUAUAGUUAUACGAUUGUGAUUGAUGCAUUGUGUAGAUGUGGCCAAAUUACGCGUGCUUAUGAUGUUUUUGCGGAGAUGGUUGAUGUAGGUUGUGAGCCAAAUUCCAUUACUUUUAAUAACUUGAUGAGGGUUCAUGUCAAGGCUGGUCGCACAGAGAAGGUCUUGCAGGUUUAUAAUCAGAUGAAAAGACUCGGUUGUGCUGCAGAUACGGUAACUUAUAAUUUUCUCAUAGAGAGUCAUUGUAGGGAUGAUAACCUUGAUGAGGCUGUUAAAGUGCUUAAUUCGAUGCUUAAGAAAGGGUGUAUCCCGAAUUCGUCUACUUUCAAUACUAUAUUUAAGUGUAUUGAGAAGUUAAGGGAUGUGAAUGCCGCUCACCGAAUGUACGCUAAGAUGAAGGAGUAUAAAUGCAUGCCUAAUACUGUUACUUAUAAUGUUUUGAUGCGAAUGUUUGCCAGCGCCAAGUCUGCUGAUAUGGUUCUCAAGUUAAAGAAGGAAAUGGAUGAGAAUGAGGUUGAGCCUAAUGUGAAUACAUAUCGGAUUUUGAUCACAAUGUAUUGUGGGAUGGGGCAUUGGAACAAUGCUUACAAGCUAUUUAAAGAGAUGAUUGAGGAAAAAUGCUUGAAACCAAGUAUGCCUCUUUAUGAAAUGGUGCUGGAGCAGUUGAGAAAAGCUGAGCAGUUAAAGAAGCAUGAGGAACUGGUAGAGAAGAUGGUUGAUAGGGGAUUCACAACACGUCCUUUGUAGAAGUAGUUUCUUGGUGUUCUAUCCAUGAGGUUAGUUUGGGUAGGGUUACCAGUUAAAAAAACCAAGUAUUGAUGGGAGUUAAGAAUAAACUGAAAUGAUCGACAAAUGACGCCACAGCUGCAUAUCAUAUCUAGCAUCUCAGUCAGACCUUUCAGUCUUAUCAGGUUCCUUCUGCAAAAUCCAUUUCGUUUCAGGCAAAGCAAGUACACUUAGUGUUUGAAACACAUUCAUUAACUGAUAAAUUUGGUAAAAGAAGCAACAAAGCAGUGAAUAUGCAUUUUUUUUUUUUUAUUGAGUGAUUCAAGCAGCGUUGGGUGUAAUGUACAAUUUUGAAUAGACGCAUGUUAGAAUCAUUAAAUCUUGGACUCUUUUCACUUUGCUAUAGGCCUACAAUGGAUGCCGGGAAUUGAGUUCAAUCCAUUACUUUCUUAGUUGGACAUGAACCAUAAGUUAUGUUGAUUGGAAGUUGUUGAAUUUAAAUAAUAGUGAAAGUAAUAAAUAAAGAAAAUGAUAUAAAAAUAGAUUACAUCCGCGGCGGACCCAAUAGUUGAGAGAUUUUAAACACAAUCAGCACAGCUGUAUGGAAACUCCAGGGCAGGCCGGCAAGCUCAACCCUAUAAUUCGGAAGAUCGGAAAUUCCAAAGUGAAUAUCACAAUAUAUUAUGAUUGACAGACGUCCAUGGACACCAAUCAAGUAUUAUUUUGUCAUCAGUUUUACAUUUCAUAUGUUAUUUUUAUUGAUUUCGAAAUAUAAGGGAGGUCUCCCCAAGACAGUUUUUCAAUGUUAAAAGAUGGCAAGGAGUGGAUAUCUGUGGGAACAUUGUUUCCCUCGUAGUUAUUUUUACUGCAAAACAACUACUUUGUUUCAUGUAUCUUUAGCCAAAGAAAUUGGAAGGCAAUGAUCUUUGGAUAAAUAAAUAGUUGUUUGACGUCAAGGUAAAA